UGAUAAGUCUGUCUGUAUGAAAAAAUAAAAUAAUUAAUAAAUUGAAAAGAAAAAGGCAAAGAUGGCCCUGAAUUCUUAUAGCAGGUCGCAACAAAAAACGCUCCCUUCAGUUUCACUCCCUUCCUUCCUUCCAUCUCGCAAGAGCAAGAAGAGAGGAAACUGAGGAGGGAGAUCUGAUGUACUUGCUGGUGGAUUUUAACUUUAUUCACAGGCAUGAUGAUUGCUUUGGAGCAUAAAGAUGCUAUGCAGAGGAGUUAUGAGGCAUCUAUAAAGUGCCUCCAAAAUAAGGGCCACCCUGGCCCUGUUCAAUAUAAUAAUAAUUAUCUUGAAAGCUCUCCAGAGCUCCCAGAUGAACCGGGUGCUCAGUCAGGUGGUAGUGUCGUAGAUUCAGACUCUUUAUCAAGUGGCGAGGCUUCAGAUUCUACUAAAGAAUGUAAACAGCAGCCAAUCUAUCAUCAUGACUUUGGCUCAUGGUCUGGCUACCCUGACUCUAACAGUGUUUCGCUCUGCCAACUGAAUGCCUUUCAGGGCCAAUUCCACCCUUUUGUGGUUAAUCACAGAUUGCAUUAUGCUCCAGUAAACAUGUUCCCUCAAAACUAUCCAUAUGAGUGCCAAUUCCAAGAUUUUCAGUAUUUUGUUGUGAUUGAUUUUGAGGCCACAUGCGACAAAGAAAGAAAUCCUCAUCCACAGGAGAUCAUUGAGUUCCCUUCUGUAAUUGUGAGCAGCUUUUCUGGGCAGUUAGAAGCGUGUUUUCAGACCUAUGUUCGACCAACAUGCAACCAAGUCCUCAGUGAUUUCUGCAAAGAUCUGACGGGCAUACAGCAAAUUCAGGUGGACAGGGGAGUUACACUAAGCGAAGCUCUUCUUAGACAUGACAUAUGGCUUGAGCAGAAGGGAAUAAAGAAUGCCAACUUCGCCGUUGUAACAUGGUCUAACUGGGAUUGCCGGGUGAUGCUGGAAUCUGAGUGUCGUUACAAAAAAAUUAGAAAGCCACCAUAUUUCAACAGAUGGAUUAAUUUGAGGGUUCCUUUUCAUGAGGUUUUCGGCGGAGCCAGAUGCAAUUUGAAAGAGGCAGUGGAGAAGUCUGGUCUCGCUUGGCAGGGCCGUGCUCAUUGUGGACUAGAUGAUGCCAAAAACACCGCCCGCCUACUUGCCUUAAUUAUGCACAAAGGCUUUAAACUCUCGAUUACCAAUUCCCUUAGUUACCAGGCCGGCGACAGUACCUUCUUGUGGAAGCCAGUACCGGAGAAACCUCUCUUUGUUUCUCCCCAACCCCAAAAGCUUCGGAUACUGCGCCCUUCACUGACACAGUACAAUCGCUAUUGCUUCUGUGGGGUGACGAGCAGCAGAGGAAUGAUCCGUAAACCGGGUCCUAAGCAAGGGAGCCUUUUCUUUGGAUGUGGAUACUGGACUGCAGCUCGAGGUGCUCGCUGCAAUUUCUUUGAAUGGGCUUAGCCAUGACUAGCGGGCGGGCGGGAGGGACGGAUCCUAUAAUACUAGCGCGCAUAUGCAUUUUUAUCGUGUACAAAGAACCGUAUUGAGUUUGCUGGGUUGAUGUCCCGGAGGGAGGAAGCAAAUAUUGUAUGCCUUAGUGUUGGCAAAACUGGUUUGUGCUUUUUUCUCUGUUGGGUUUGUUGUGUAGAUAAAAUGGUCUUCUGGAGUUUGAGCGAGCUGUUGCCCGCCCAGACUAGACUAGUCUAGACUAGUGAACCAUGUUGUCGAUGGAAAGGCCUUAACCAUAUAUAUUAUGAUGAUGUGGGCGAGGAGAUUGAAUGAUCGAACAUGACGGUAUCUCUUUCUCUCUCUCUUUAUCUUAUCUAUCUAUCUAUCUAUAUUUGCAUGC